AUAUCCUGUUCACGACUCUCAUAGAACCGGAGAAAUAUUUCUCGCCCCUUGGCGUUGAUUUUGUAUUCUUGUUUAUCUUGUUCAACAGAAUCUCUGAAGACCUUUUUGCCCCUCUAGGGUGGUCCGCUUUCUUUAGUAAUCUGAUCGCGGGGUCUCUUCUCCAACUACCGCCAAAAUGGUGAACAUCACAGAGAAGAUCAAAGAGAUCGAAGAUGAGAUGCGGAGGACGCAGAAGAACAAGGCGACAGAAUAUCACCUUGGUCUUCUGAAAGGAAAGCUCGCCAGAUUAAGAGCCCAACUACUGGAACCCACCGGUGGUGCAGGCUCUGGUGGCGGUGCAGGAUUCGAUGUCAGCAAGAGUGGUGAUGCACGUGUGGCACUCGUUGGUUUCCCGUCCGUGGGAAAGUCAACGUUCUUGUCCAAGAUCACCAAGACGAAGAGUGAAGUUGCUGCUUACUCGUUUACGACGCUCACAGCUAUUCCCGGCGUGUUGGAGUAUGGUGGUGCUGAGAUUCAGAUUCUUGAUCUUCCGGGUAUCAUCGAGGGUGCUGCUGAGGGUAAGGGACGAGGAAGACAGGUCAUUUCUGCGGCGAAAACAAGUGAUCUGAUUAUGAUGGUCCUGGAUGCUACGAAACGAGCUGAGCAGCGCGCCCUGUUGGAAGCUGAAUUAGAAGCUGUUGGAAUUCGACUCAAUCGGGAACCUCCGAAUAUCUACCUGAAGCCCAAGAAAGCCGGUGGCAUGAAGAUCACUUUCCAGACGCCACCGAAGAACAUCGAUGAAAAAAUGAUCUCCAACAUUCUUCGAGAUUACAAACUUCUCAACUGCGAAGUGUUGAUAAGAGAUGAAGACGCUACCGUCGAUGACCUUAUCGAUGUAAUCAUGAAGGAUCACAGGAAAUACAUUAAAUGUCUCUACGUAUACAACAAAAUCGACAGUGUGAGCAUCGACUUUCUCGACAAACUCGCUCGCGAACCACACACGAUCGUAAUGAGCUGUGAGCUCGAUCUUGGAAUCGACGACGUCGUCGAGCGCGUCUGGAAAGAACUACGACUAAUCCGAAUAUACACCAAGCGAAAAGGAGUCGACCCCGAUUUCAACGAAGCGCUCAUUGUGCGCAGCAACUCUACUAUCGAAGACGUGUGCGACCAUAUCCACCGCACACUAAAGGAGACAUUCAAGUACGCUCUGGUAUGGGGCGCUAGCGCAAGACAUAUCCCGCAGAGAGUUGGAUUGGGUCAUGUCGUGGCAGAUGAGGAUGUCGUUUCGAUAGUUGCCAAAUGAGAAAUGUGUAGAUAACGUUAUGCGGAUUAAUUCGAUCCGAGAAAUCUCGUCAUCUGUAAAGAGCUAUUCUUGAUGGUCUAAAGACGUCCGUAGAUACCAAGCAGUUAAUACGUCG